GAGCCAGCAGUAUAUUUAGUCUUUGUCCUCGCCCCUUAUCUCAGUGUCCUCUUCGAGGCUUGAGCAGCCUAGAGGGGACCCAACCUCUAGAGACCUCCAAGGUCACCGGGGACACCCCUCCAGGACCCUCCAGGAACCUCUGAUCCCUUUCUCUGCCUCGGGGGAUCAGCAUGGCAGACGAGAGCAGCGAUGCGGUGAGCGCCCUGAGCUAAGAAGUGGAGCAGGAAACCCGGAGCGGGCGCUGUAGCGGACUGGGACGCAGUGGGCGGGGGAGCCUGCAGCUAUCGGUGAGGGUGCGGGGAAGGCCAAGGUGGAAGGGUUUGGGUCGUGACUGUAGUCUGCUCCACCUCCCCAGCCGCCACCAGCCCCUGUCCGACGCCGCUCCUCUGCCAACUACCGAGCCUAUGCCACCGAACCACACGCCAAGAAAAAGUCGAAGAUCUCCGCCUCGAGGAAGCUUCAGCUGAAGACUCUGAUGCUGCAGAUUGCAAAGCAGGAGAUGGAACGUGAGGCAGAGGAGCGGCGUGGAGAGAAAGGGCGCGUUCUGAGCACUCGUUGUCAGCCUUUGGAGCUGGAUGGGCUGGGCUUUGAAGAGCUUCAGGACUUAUGCCGGCAGCUCCAUGCUCGGGUGGACAAAGUGGAUGAAGAGAGAUACGAUGUGGAAGCAAAAGUCACCAAAAACAUCACCGAGAUCGCAGAUCUGACCCAGAAGAUCUAUGACCUGCGUGGCAAGUUCAAGCGGCCCACUCUGCGAAGAGUGAGGAUCUCUGCAGACGCCAUGAUGCAGGCAUUGUUGGGGACCCGGGCCAAGGAGUCCUUGGACCUGAGGGCCCACCUCAAGCAGGUGAAGAAGGAAGACAUUGAGAAGGAAAACCGGGAGGUGGGAGACUGGCGCAAGAACAUUGAUGCGCUGAGUGGAAUGGAGGGCCGCAAGAAGAAGUUUGAGGGCUGAGCCGUGGCUCGCACGCACCCCUGUGCUGAGGAUGUCCCCGGGGAAUAAACCUCUCUAAACUAGAA